AAUCUCGGGUGCAGUUUGUGACACGAAUCAGAGAGAGAGAGAGAGAGAGAGAGAUGAAAAACGAGGUACAGUUGACUCCGGCGGCGGUGGAGAAGGUGGAGAGUUCGACGGAGGUGGCCCUCGUGGAGAAGUCUCCUUCACACCAGAAAAGCUCGAGGAAGCCUUCGGAUAGAGAUCUUGAACUGGCACGGGUUGAGUCUGAAAAGAAUCUGUCCUUCAUCAAGGCAUGGGAGGACAGCGAAAAGACCAAAGCUGAUAACAAAGCUCAAAAGAAGAAGUCAUCUAUCACUUCAUGGGAGAACUCGAAGAAGGCAUCUCUGCAAUCACAGCUGCAAAAGAUCGAGCAAAAUCUUGAGAACAAGAAGGCAGAAACGAAGGAGAAAAUAAAGAACAAGAUCGCCAUGGUCCACAAAGCAGCAGAAGAGAAGCGAGCGAUGGUGGAGGCGAAGCGUGGGGAAGAGCUCCUCAAGGUGGAAGAAGCCGCUGCCAAGUAUCGUGCCACGGGCAAGCCUCCGAAGAAGAAGGGCUUCGGCUGCUUCGGCGCUUGACGAGUCUGAGAGAAGGAUGGAGAAGACUCCCCACCAGAAGCAUCUGUUCCCUGUUCCUGUGUUCUCUUGCUUGUGUUUGCUUCGCAGAGAAAGCAUUCAGGUGUGUUGUGACCCAGCGUGUUUGUGUGACCGAGUUUAAUGUUCCCUCCACCUGUAUUCUUGAAACAUCUGUUAGCUUUGAUUGCAAUCAAGUAGAUGCGUGUUGCCAAGCACUUUUACAA